AUGUAUGAGGACUGCCAGGAGUCCAUGGGGGACUAUUACUCCCUCUGUGCCACCUCGGGAGCAUGGGGCAUUGUUCUGGAGUCCCUGGCAGCAAUUGGCAUAGUGGUUACCGUUGUGCUGCUGCUGGCAUUUCUCUUCCUCAUGCGAAGGGUUCAAGACCGCUGCCAGUGGAAUGUCCUCCCCACCCAGUUCCUCUUCCUCCUGGGUGUCCUGGGGCUGUUUAGCCUUACUUUUGCCUUCAUCAUCCAGCUCAAUCAGCAGACUGCCCCCAUCCGCUAUUUUCUCUUUGGGGUCCUCUUUGCUCUCUGCUUCUCGUGCCUCUUGGCUCAUGCCUCCAACUUGAUGAAGCUGGUCCGGGGUCAAGUCUCCUUCUCUUGGAGAACAAUUCUGUGCAUUGCUGUUGGUGUCAGCCUGUUGCAGACGAUCAUCGCCGUUGAGUAUGUGACUCUCAUCAUGACCAGAGGUACGAUGUUUGUGGGUAUGACGCCCUGUCAGCUCAACGUGGACUUCGUGGUCCUCCUGGUUUACGUCCUCUUCCUGAUGGCCCUCACGUUCUUCGUCUCCAAAGCCACCUUCUGUGGCCCGUGUGAGAACUGGAAGCAGCACGGGAGGCUCAUCUUCGUCACCGUGCUCAUCUCCAUCCUCAUCUGGGUGGUGUGGAUCUCUAUGCUCCUGACGGGCAACGCGCGGCUCCAGCGGCAGCCCCACUGGGACGACCCUGUCAUCUGCAUCGCCCUGGUCACCAACGCGUGGGUUUUCCUGCUGCUGUACAUCAUCCCGGAGCUGUGCAUUCUCUACAGGUCGCGUCAGCACGAUUGCCCUCCUCAAGGCAAUGCCCACCCGCUCCCAGCUUACGAACGCGGCUUCAGAGCGGAUCACCAGGAACUCUCCAGAGCCCGAGACAGUGAUGGCGCUCAGGAGGAUGUAGCAUUAACUGCAUGUGGUACCCCUCUUCCUUUUCAGACUGUUGAUCCCACACAGGAAGCCUUCAUCCGAUGGGCUAAAGUAAGCCCCCAGCAAGAUGCAGAAUUAUAA